CUGACUUGAACAUGCCAGCCGUGUGACAGGGAGCUCCUCGGUGGAGCCAAAAUGGCAGAGUCCCCUUUUAAACAUGAAGCUAAUCAAACGCAUUUAAUUUUCUUCUGUCCAAUCAAAACCCUUUAAGAGGGCGGGCCAUGUGGAACCGGGAGGAGCUGUGUUGGGGUGUUGUGAAUCCGUGUAGCCCAGAAAUCCUGAGUGGGAGUUGACGGGCCGAUUUGUUGUGUGUUUGUCCGCUGUUUCUCGCAGAUUACCCGCACGCCCGCAGCAGCUAUGCCCGGGAUAGAGAAGCUACCGAUAGAGGAAACGUUGGAGGACAGCCCGCAGACGCGCUCUCUGCUGGGAGUUUUUGAGGAGGACACGGCGGCCAUCUCCAACUACUGCACACAGCUGUAUCAGGCCAUGCAGAGGAUUUAUGAUGCACAGAAUGAGCUGAGUGCUGCGACACACCUGACCUCCAGACUGCUGAAAGAAUACGACAAACAGCGUUUUCCUCUCGGGGGUGAUGAUGAGGUGAUGAGCUCGACUCUGCAGCAGUUUGCUAAAGUCAUUGAUGAGCUCAGCUCCUGCCACGCUGUGCUGUCCACCCAGCUUGCUGACGCCAUGAUGUUCCCCAUCACUCAGUUUAAAGAGAGAGACCUGAAAGAGAUCCUCACUCUUAAAGAAGUCUUCCAAAUAGCCAGUGAUGAUCACGAUGUGGCCAUUAACAGAUACAGUCGCCUGUCCAAGAGGAGGGAGAACGACAAGUUACGGGCGGAGGUGGUGGAGGAUGUCUACACUUCCCGCAAGAAGCAGCACCAGACGAUGAUGCACUACUUCUGCUCGCUGAACACUCUGCAGUACAAGAAGAAGACCGCCAUGCUGGAGCCGCUGCUGGGAUACAUGCAGGCGCAGAUCAGUUUCUUUAAGCUGGGCUCAGAAAAUCUCACCCAGCAGUGGGAAGAGUUCCUGGGAACUAUAGGAACCAGUGUCCAGAAUGUGCGCCGGGAAAUGGAGGAGGAGGUGGGGAAGAUGCAGCAGACCAUCCAGGAGAUGGAAAGGGCUUGCGAUGCCCUUUAUGCACCAUGUGACCCUGACCCCGCCCACUCACCUGUCUGUCGCAGCCUGACCAGGAAGCAGGGUUACCUGUACAUCCGCAAUAAGACGGGCCUGGUGUCCUCGUCCUGGGAGCGUCAGUACUUCUUUACGCAGGGUGGAAACCUGAUGCAGCAGGGCCGGGGCGAGGUGGCGGGCGGGCUGGUCACGGACCUCGAUAACUGCUCUGUCAUGGCCGUGGACUGUGACGACCGCCGAUUCUGCUUUCAGGUCACGUCCUUCGACGGGAAAAAAGUGGUGACGCUGCAGGCGGAGAGCAGGAAGGACUGUGAGGAGUGGAUCUCCACCAUCAACAACAUCUCCAAGAGGAUCUACCUGAGUGAAAAUGCAGAGGAGCUCGCAGCCAGAGUGAACCAAUCAGCUCUGGAAGCUGUGACACCAUCACCGUCCUUCCAGCAGAGACACGAGAGCAUGAGACCCAGUAAGGGGCGAGCGGGCCGAGCGAGCAGCAUCAGCUCCGUGGGCUCCGAGCCGUCGCCUGCUCUUUCUGUGCUCUCACUGGAUGCCCUGGUUGCCCCGGAAACACCCAUCCAGUUUGACAUCAUUUCCCCCGUCAGCGAGGAGAACUCAGGACAGAGCAAGACGGCGCCACAGUCCGGCAGAAGAAGUAAUCCAUUUGGGGAGUCAGGAGGAAGCACAGCAGAGGACAGUGAAGACUCAAUCCUCCACCAGCUCUUCAUCGUUCGCUUCCUGGGCUCCAUGGAGGUGAAGACUGCUGAGUCGGUGGAUGUCAUCUCUGAGACCAUGAGGCAGAUCCUGGCUGCCAGAGCCAUACACAUCUUCAGGAUGACUGAGUCCCACCUGCUGGUCACCUGCGACUGUCUCAAGCUCAUUGAUCCUCAGACACAGGUCACGCGACUCAGGUUCCCUCUCUCCACCGUGGCGCAGAGUUCGUCCCAUCAGGACAACAAGAGGCUGUUUGGCUUCGUGCUGCAGUCGGCGAGCGGCCGCGGCGACAGCCGAACCGUCUGCUACAUCUUUGAAUCCAACAACGAUGGAGAGAAGAUCUGUGACAGCAUCGGUCUGGCCAAGCAGAUCGCCUUGCACUCAGAGAUGGACCGUAAAGCGGUGGAGAAGAAGAAGGAGGAGGACAAGGCCAAAGAGAAACAGCAGGAGGAACUGAGCAAGCAAAGACAGAUCGAGAAGGAUCUGGAGGAACAGAGCCGCUUGAUCGCUGCAUCGAGUCGCCCCGCCAACCCACCUGCCUCUGACGGACAAUUCCUGGUGCUUAGCAACAGCCAAUCAGAGGACAGUGAUGCCGGAGAGGAGGGGAAGAAGAAGGGUGAGUCUGAUGCCUAACAACACUCAGAGGAUGCAUGUUUUACCUCCCAGGUGAGUCCCAGCUGGCAAAGUCAAGACCACAGCUCAGGAAUCAGAGGAGGGAAACACCACCCGCCCGCCUAUCCACCCGUCUGGGCUGCCUGGAACUGAAAAACAUGCACUUCCUCUCUGCUGGACUCUGAAGUUUGCCAUGGAGACCUGACACUCUGAAAUGGAGGAUCAACCUAUAACGCACCCUCACUGUAAGAGGGGGAAGGGGAGUGGGCGAGGAAGCGCCUCAUCCAGGACUCGUUUUAUCGUGUGUGUAAAAAUGCUGCUUUUAUACCGGCUCCACUAUCGAGAAGAGACAUAAAUAUAGACUAACCUCUAAGAUUCUGUUCUUAUGUUUAUUUUCUAAGACGAGUUAACAAUAAUGAUGGAAUACUGAGCCGGGAUCUGUCGGCACCAGCUUUCACUCGACGGACUUGGCAGGAAGUGAUUGUUUCUUCAGCGUGACGGGGUCACAGAAGGCAACCGACGACACCUCAGCCAAUUUCAGUGCAUGAGUCUUAUUUUGAAAGGUCACUUCCACACAGUCACCGGCUUCAUUUCAUCGCAGCAGCUCUUCAGUGGUCAGUCGAUUAGCUGAUAACCAAUGACUGUUUGAUUUAAUAAUAUUGUGAGACGCUAUUUAUAUGCAGAAAAAUGUGAUUGGAUUUUCAGAUGCUGGAUAGACCAGGGGGUGGGCAAAGUAAUAUUCUUUACAGCAUUAUUUACAUUUUAAAAUAGAAAAUAAAACAAUAAACAAGUUAAUAAUUGGGUAAUAAUGAUUAGUUCACACUACUGUUUAGAACCAUUAUAAUUAAUUGAAUUAAUUUAACAUUAUUAACGAUGUGUUCAUGAAGUGUUUGCUGAAACGGGCUCCUGGGCUUUAACGUCUGUGGUGUGGUACGGCAGGUCAGAGGUCAUGACUGUACACCACCCCCGCUGUUGGACUGUACUGCAGUAGCUUGGCACUAUUCACAGUUCAGAGUAAUCCCGGGCCCCUGAUGGAGCUUCUCAGUUCACCUGCAGCCGGAAACAACCUUUUACUGUAGCUCCGCCCCCUUUGAGCAUGUGGUGUCUUUUUCUGAGCUUUUAUUCAAGCUAGCUUUGAGUGAGAAUAAUGGUCAUCCUAAACUCUUUUUUUUGGUUUAUUUUUCCCUACAAAUAUCACAUUGAUCCCACUUAUUCC